UCUCUCGAGUGCGACCCGGAGUGGUUGUUUCUGCGUUUGUAUUGACGACAGGAAGGUCACCCCGGCGGCGAUGCAGGAGGCCCGCCGCCUGUUGGAGAACCCCCGCGAGUUGCACGGUCUCCGGAACAAGGCUCUGGACCACCCCCGAGUCUGCCGGGGCACCAGAUCGGCGGAGGACCUCGACCGCCAACAGCUCCGCAACCUGGCCGCCACCCUACCCGACAACGGCCUUGUCAAAAUCCUCAGGUUCUCCCUCGGCGACCUUGCGGGCGCUAGAGAGAGCGUGUGCCGAGGCGGAGCUGCAGGGGCCGGUGGAGUUGAGCAAAUUCGUCGGCGACCGGGGUGUCGAUGCGCCGGUAGUUCACGACCUCCCGGCGUUCGCCGGCGACCCGGCUGCCUGGACAGCUCCGAUCCUCUUGGAAGCAGGGGAUGUGCCUUCAGAGCUGGCGUCGGUUGGGAGGCGGAAGGCGUUUCGUCUACUGGGGCCGCCCACCAGAGCACGGCUCUCCGCGACGCCAAAGCUCUGGAGAGCACCGCGCGGGGGGACCUGGAGCUGCAUCGAGCAUGCCCCAACGGGGGAACGGUCACCGACACGCGCGUCGGCGAGAUGAUGCUGGAUUUUCUAUGCGAAGCGAUCGAGAUUCACGCCGCGGCGAACGGAGGGCCUACGGUGAACGGCAUGCGGCGGUGUGACGAGCUGGAGGAGGCGCGCGACCAGGGCUUCCCCAAAUCCGCGAGGUGGCGGGGCGCGUGGGGCGGGAGGUUCGGGGCAAAAACGUCCGGACCCGAGACAACUGCGCCGCUGGAGGUGAACGGCAUCCGGCGAUGUGACGAGCUGGAGGAGGCGCACGACCAGGGGCUUCUCGAAAUCCGCGAGGUGGCGGGGCGCGUGGGGCGGGAGGUUCGGGGCCAACACGUCCGGACCCGAGACGACUGCGCCGCUGGAAGUAACGCAAGCUGGACCGGCCGCUCGCAGGGGGUCAACGAGGAGGAGGCCGAGGCAGCCAAGCGGGAGGCUAAGGCGGUCCAUGCUCCGGCGCCGGAGGAGGAGAAAGCCAAAACGGCGCAAGCCUUUGGAGCAGCGACCAACCGCGUGGAGAUGGCCAAGACCGCCAAGAAGUGCCGGGGCACGGGCGGUAAGAUUGCCGCCGGCGUUGCAUUCGUUCGGACCGGGAUCCUAUUCGUUGUGCAUAUGCUGUUGCUGCUGUUCUGGGUCGUUGAUGUUGAUGAUGUUAAUGAUGAUGAUGCUAAGAGGGCCUUGCUCAAGAACGAUUUCGGUUGACUCCUUGCACCAGACCGCCCC